GUUUUGACACAUAUUCUUGUGCACAAUAUGACAUUUCUAACAAUCAGUGAAAAUUUUAAUUGUAGUAUAUUCCCAUGAUUUGAAUUUCAUCUUUCCCUUCUUAUUCUAAUAACUGGAUCAAAGAAUUUUAAUUGUCUAUAAGACAUGUUUUAAUCGAAGAUAUCGUGCAUCGUAUAAGGUGUGGCAUAUUCUGCAAAUUGUUCCAGCUCAAUAAUUUAUAAAAAAAUCACUUAAAUCCAUCCACAAUGAACAGGAGAAGAACAAAUAAUUUUACAUACGUUAGUUCGUGUGUGAAAUACAUGAUAUUUCAGUUAAAUUUCAUAUUUUGGCUGUUUGGUGGCCUUCUAAUAGGAGUUGGCUUAUAUGCCUUUGUGGAUAAAUGGCAAGCUACCGGAUGGGUUAAAGUUGAGACCGUUUAUGAUGUUGUGCUCAAUAUAUCAUUGGUGAUGGUGAUUGCUGGUGGUGUAGUUUUCAUAGUGAGCUUUGCUGGCUGUGUUGGAGCUUUAAGAGAAAAUACUUGUCUCUUGAAAUUUUACUCUCUUUGU